AUGCCUACUUGCGCGUGUGAAAAUCGUUUCUUGGACGAGGAAAGCCACGUAUGUCAACUGAAACCGCCGGUUGAAAAUGACGAGGAAGAGACACAAGAGUAUGAUCCUGCAGUUAGAAACAAAUACGAUUUAAAUUAUUGUACAUAUUUUGUUUUACAGUUUGUGUGUAUGGGAGGAACGCCGAAGCGUAUGGAACAAUUCGCUAAUUACAUAAUGAAGGAAAUAGGUCAUAAGCUUCCAGCUGGAACAACACUUCUUGAUAUUAGCCAGUAUUCGUAUCGUUAUUCCAUGUAUAAAGUUGGACCGGUUCUUUCUAUUAGCCAUGGAAUGGGCAUACCAUCGGUUGGAAUUUUGCUUCACGAAGUGAUUAAACUGAUGUACCAUGCAAAGGUGAAAGAUCCAAUAUUCUUCAGGAUUGGUACAUGCGGAGGAAUUGGCCUUGAAGGUGGCACUGUCGUCAUUUCUGAAGAAGCAGUCGACGGAAUGCUGAAGUCUUAUUUGGAACUGCCCGUGCUUGGUAAAAUGGUAAGAAGACCUGCUAAAUUAGACAGACAGCUGGCUCGUGAUUUGAAAACACUAGCACAUCGUGACAAUCCUUAUGACACUGUAAUCGGUAAAACGAUGUGUACUUACGACUUCUACGAAGGACAAGGCCGAAUGGACGGUGCAUUCUGCGAAUUCACGGAAAAUGAAAAAAUAGAAUACUUAAACAAGCUGCAUAAAGCUGGCGUAAUAAAUAUAGAAAUGGAGAGUCUCGCAUUUGCUGCUCUCACACAUCAUGCGGGCAUCAAAGCUGCUGUUGUUUGUGUAACAUUGAUAGAUCGAUUCAAAGGAGAUCAGGUAUUAGCACCAAAGGAAGUUCUGGACGAAUGGCAAAUAAGACCGCAAGAAUUAAUCGCACGCUAUAUAACGAGAUAUCUUCAACGAAAAGGCCGCCUCUCCUUAGAAGGUCAUGGAUCGAUGUGUGUCAAGAGUCCACGUCGGUUUAAAUUGGUACAACAGGAAUCGGAAAACUAUGAUUAAAUUCAAGACAUAUCAAAUACAGGAAUUGCUAAGAAAAAUCAUUAUGGAUCUUGUUAAGAGAAGAAUGUACUAUUAUAGUACAAUGAAAACGCACGGAUUUGUUAAUUCUAUCAACGAUUGAUGUACUGAUCAAACGUCCUUUUAUUCUUUUACAUAUGUUCAAGUAUCAUUGUCAUAUAAAAAAUUUAAUGGAAGAUGUUUUACCAUUAUUUUUUUAUAAAAUGAAUUAUUAUUUAGUUCUUUAAUGCAAGUUUUGUACCAAAAAAGUAUUUCUUGAAAAGUAUUUCUUGAAAAGUAUUUAGAUAUAAAAAUAAAAUUUAAGUUAUAUAUUGUGACAUUUUCUAGUAAAUCUUGCAUACUUAAUUACCAAUAUUAAAUAAUAAUU